AAUCUGACAACAGCAGAACAGUCAUCAAUCAUCAGUUAUUAAGUUAUUCCUGGGGCAGAUCAUUUAUUGUGUGUGUGUGUGUGUGUGUGUUUGAUUUCUCAAUUGGGUACUUCAGAAGAAUGUUCAACUUCAGAACAAACAAAAAGCGAGAAACAACAUGGACUGCGUCUGAAAACGUGAAACUACUGGUGUGUUGCCACAAUAACUAAUUACAAGUAAACCAGAGCAGACAUGAACGUGUGCUAUACCGACACGCUGAAGGCUGACUGCGAAGAUUUGCUGACCAGAUUUCAGGUGACUGAUUCUGUGCGAUAUGAAGACUUCUCUGCUCUCUGGCGGGAAAUGAAGUUCUCCACUAUAUUCCAUGGUAAAAUGGGAGAUGUUGAGAAGAGGAAUUUCAGCAGAGAAGCACUGUCUACUGCCUGUCAUUACUUUUUCCCUCCAUACAGUUUUCAGAUAAGAGUGGGUGCACUAUACCUCCUCUAUGGGCUCUAUAAUACACAGCUCUGUCAGCCCAAGGAAGCGAUCAGACUAGCAUUAAAAGACUGGGAAGAAGUUGAGGCAUUCCAACAAGAUGUCAUUAAUGCACAACACUUUGAUGCAGUUUAUAUUCUAAGGAAGAUGUUUUUGACCAAAGUGUUUCACUUCACAGCCAUGCCCCACUUGCUUUUCUAUAGGAUAAAACAGAAAAUGCCCCGCCAGGAGAUCUGUGAAGAGUUUAGAGACAGAACUGCUAAAGUGAAUACCCUUAUUACCACAGAUGCAUUGGAGGAAAUAACAAAUGUACAUGAACACUAUCAAAAAAUGAAAUGUGCCAUCUCGUCAGAUAAGACCCAACCUGACAAAGCCCUGAGCCUCAUUAAACAAGAUCUUGUGUCGGACCUCAGAAACUUUGCCUUGGACUUUCAUGAGUGGCAGGAAAACCGUAAGAGGAAGUUAAAACAUGCCUUGAAGAAAGAAGCACAUGGAAUGGAGGAGGAGAAGAAGGAGGAGGAGGAGGAUGGUGCUGGUGAAGGAAGCUCUCAGGUGAAUGAGUCGUCUGUACGUGCGCAGAUGCUGGAGAAAAUAAAAUCCAAAUCCUACGGCCAUGUUACCGAGGCCCCAAAAUCAAGAAGACAUCGCCAGGUAGAACUGGAGUCCUCAGGAUCGGGAUCUGAUCAGGGCAAAGUGGAGAAAGGUGGUGGCAAAAGAAGACGACUGGCAGAAAAGGGAAAGAAGGCUUUGAAGAAAUAUGAGGUGAAGCAUGAGGUUGCCAUGGAGACAGACCCUCAGAGGCUUAGUAUGCCCAUGAUUGCAGAAGAAGACGACAGUGAUACCAAAGAAGUUAUACCACCUCCAAAAAGGAGAAGAAAACGCUGAUGACAAACAAGAGACAAAAAAGAAAGCCCUGGUGGUCGUCAAGGAUUCAAGCAGCUCUUGACCUGUUGAAAAUGUUGUACCUAAUUGUAAAUUCUGUAGAUAGUAAAGAGUUUGUUUUGGAAAGGAA